UGUCAUAAGUGUAGCAUGUUUAAUUUUGCUCUUUUAUAAGUGAAGUAUUUAUCGUUAUAAAUUAUGCAUUUAGCUACAAACUGCGUACUGAAGCAUGACCUUGUGCUGUUGUUAAACACAAUAAAAGCCGCGACAGUUAUUAAUCGAGUAAACAGCUACCAGUCAUGUAGAAACUACACUGUUCUACCCCCACCCCGGGACAAGAAGGAAAAAGCUAUGCUGGACAGCAUGCUGCGGGUGGACCAUGCUGGUGAAUAUGGUGCUAAUCGCAUCUAUGCUGGACAAAUGGCUGUUUUAGGAAGAACUCAGUCUGGUCCUCUCAUCCAGCACAUGUGGGACCAAGAGAAGAUGCAUUUGCAGAAGUUUAAUGAGAUCUUGGGGGAGAACAGGGUACGACCAACGCUGUUGCUGCCUUUUUGGAACAUUGCAGGAUUUUUACUUGGAGCCUCUACAGCAAUGUUGGGUAAAGAAGGUGCAAUGGCCUGCACUGUGGCAGUGGAAGAAAGCAUCUCAGAACAUUACAACAGCCAAAUACGAACACUAAUGGAAACAGAUCCAGAGAGAUAUGCAGAGUUACUACAGGUUAUAAAGGAGUUCCGUGAUGAUGAAAUGGAGCACCACGACACUGGUCUGGAACACAACGCUGAAUCUGUACCUGGCUAUUUUCUAUUGAAGACUCUGAUACAGACUGGAUGUAAAGCUGCAAUUUUUGUCGCUCAGCGUGUUUAAAGACUAAAAGUAAUAUCACUUGUUGUACAGCUGUUUUUUUUUUUUUUUUUAGUUAGUUUUUAACUGAACAACACUGAAAUGACAUUUAUUUGACUGAUUGUGGUUCAAAUAAAACUGUUUAUGUGAGA